AACCGUUCCUCUUUUGGAAUCAAUGAACUAUGUACAAAAAUGUUGAUCGGAGAACGCAACCGGCCAAAUCACACCGUCAAGAUCACCGCAUGGGAUCCAUUCAAUGAUCCAACGUCUAGCUUUUCUUCCGUUAAUUAUAACUGUAUUGCGCCGUCGAGUCCUUGCCCCGUCGACUACCUCUCCGCCUUACGCCGUUACCUCCCGUCAAAUGACUUGGAGUCCGAUUCGUUUAGUGAUGACUCCGAUUUACCCGUCGAUGCAUUUUCGUGCGAUCAUUUCCGGAUGUACGAAUUCAAGGUGAGGAAGUGUGCUCGUGGAAGGUCACAUGACUGGACUGAGUGUCCGUACGCCCACCAGGGUGAGAAGGCCCGACGGAGAGACCCGAGAAAAUUCCAUUACUCUGGAACGGCCUGCCCCGAUUUCCGGAAGGGAAUCUGCAACAAAGGCGAUUCUUGUGAGUUUGCUCAUGGUGUUUUCGAGUGUUGGCUCCACCCGGCCCGUUACCGCACUCAGCCGUGCAAGGACAGUACCAGUUGUAAAAGAAGGGUUUGUUUUUUCGCUCACACACCGAAGCAGCUCCGACUCUUGCCCCAGCAGAGUCCGAGGGGGACUGGGUCCAGUUCAGGUGAGUUAGAUUACGUUUGUUCGCCUGUACGUCACCGUUUAGACUUCGACUCUUCACCUACUUCCAUUUUGGCAUCACCUCCGUUAUCCCCACCGUCCGAUUCACCUCCUAUAUCGCCAAGUGACUCAUUUUACUCGGUGAGCGAACUCACUACUUCCAUGCAUAGCAUGCAGCUUGGUAAGGGUAAAAGGAGCGGUGCUUGUUCUAGGGACCUGGAAAUGGGAUCGGGUUACGGUUCCCCUAGGGGCUCCACUCUGCGGCCUGGAUUUUGCAGGUCUCCGACAACCCCCACCCGUUCUGGGUUAGGCCAGUUUGAUCUCUUGGAACAUAACUCUUUCGAAGAGGGAUACCCAAUGGAGAGAGUGGAGUCUGGAAGAGAUUUGAGGGCUAGAAUGUACGCAAAACUAAGCAAGGAAAAUCCCCUUGGAGUUGAAUUAACCGAGUUGGAUCCUGAUCUCGAUUGGGUAUCCGAGUUGGUAAAGUGAGUUGGAUACUGGGAAACACAGCUUUCUGUUUUGAUUUAUUUCGUGAAUUCUUUUAAUAUAAAAAUGGGUGGCCGUAAUCGAAGGUUCUGACUUUUGUGAAUAUGAAUAUGUUUUCUGAUUUUCGAACA